UCUGAAUGAAACUAGGAAAUGAGCUAAUAAAGCGUAAAAGCGCCGUUAAAAUUGAGGUCAAAAGAGACAUAGCACAAAGAAUUAAAGAAAGACAGAAAAUAGAGAAAAUGACUAGGCUUCAAAGAUUCUUAUGGGAAGGCAACUGGUUUAUUCACUUCUGGGAUGGACUUAUAUGCCUCUGAGGUGUUUAUAUUAUAAUCCUUCUCCCGAUUAGCGCAUUCGAUAUGAUCAGAGGCAACUGGUUUUGGAUAACAUUUAAUAUCUUGACUGAGCUGAUCUUCAUUCUGGAUAUCAUCAUUCUGUACUACAAGCCUAUGAAAAAUAAGUAUAAGCGGAUUACCUUUGUUUAUGAUAUAUUAGCCUUAUUUCCUCAGUUUACUGUAUUGUACUUCACUCCGAUUUAUGAUGACCCUGACUUUGAAUGGAUUAGAAUUAUUUAUAUCAUCAAAGCAUUGAAGUCUCAUGUCUUUUUCUCUUCACUAGAUAGUUUUCUGAAGAAGAUGAACCGAGAGAAUGAAGGAGAUCUCUCCAGAGUUAUCAAGUUAUUCAUUUUUCUCCUUGUGUUUAUCCAGGUAGUUGGAUGUUUAUGGAUCUACAUGGGCCUCAACUCUUCAGAUUCAGGGAACUGGAUUCAUUACCAGGGGUUGCAGAAAGAGGACAGAUUGAGGAUCUAUAUCUUCUCUGUGUACUACGCUGCUAUUUCAAUUACUACAAUUGGGUAUGGAGAUUUUUCAGGAACAAUUCAUGCGGAAAUACUAUACAUUGUUAUCUGUAUUAUUGUGGGAUCUAUUUACUAUUCUUUCUUCAUUUCCAUUGUUGGUAGUGUCUUCAGUAACAGAUCUCUCAGAGCAAAUAUUUACAGCACUUACAUAGGCUACAUUGAGAAGAUGAAGAGAAACUAUAAAAUUCCGGAUGAUCUUGCUCUUCAACUUGCAUCUUACUACGAAAAUCAUUCUAAAACCCUCGAUUUAGCUAAUAAUAAGAAAAAGAUAGACAUUGAUCACUUAAUGAAAAAUUUUCCAUCAACUCUACAGCACGAAAUCAGAAUGAUCAUAUACCAUGAAGCUAUAGAGAACAUAGAAUUUUUGCAGGAUAAGACUUAUGAGUUCUAUUUCCAGCUGCUCCCACUCAUCACUCAGAACAAAGUGAUUAAACAGUCUUUUAUUUAUAAAGAAGGUCAGAUUGCUUCCUCUGUAAUUUUCUUCCUAUCUGGCAUGGCUUUGAACAUGACUACCAAAAGUAUCAUCCAUGAGCCUUGCCUCAUGGGAGAUACCGAUGUGAUCAGAAUCAGAAAGAGACAGGAGAGCAUCAUAGCUAUUGAGGACUGAGACACUCUCCAAAUUGAAAGAAUAGCAUUCAAUGAUUUCUUAAAAUCUUCAGGACAAGGGUCAAAUAAAUUUCCAGAAGCGAAGGAGUACAUCCUAAAACGAGCUGAUGAGUAUGAUGAGUACCUCAAACCUUUCCUUGAAGCCAAGAGAAAGCUCAAAGCUGAAGAGAAGAAAAGCAAUGUUAAAAAGAGGAUCAAAAGCUCAAUGAUUAAUAAGAGAAUCAAGACUAAAAUAUUCAACAUAUUUUCAUAUAAUAAAGAGAGUGAUAAGAAGAACUUCAAGAGAUUAUCCAACCGAAAAAUUGAUGAGAUAGUCGAGGUUGAAAACAAAUUCCCCAGGCUCAGCACCUUUGCUAAAGGUAGAAGAGGCUCCUUUGGAAAGAAGCAAAAGAAGUUUCUUCAGUACAUAUAGGCUUAACUUUUAGAAAUAAACUUAGAGCAAAGGCUUCCUUUAGAAAAAAGACUUCAAUUAAGAAAGCAGAGAGGGCUUCUCACAAGAUGGUUGUGCUAGCUCAUCAGUCAACUCUCAAAGCCUUUGGUGCUAGUAAUGCUCAUCAAAAGAUAACAUCAGCACGGCAGGCUCAAAUUAAUCACAAAAGAGACGAAGCAGAUAGCUUUGUUUCCUCUAUAAUAACAAUUACUUCAAAAUAAGAGUGAUAAAAAUAGCAAACCUAACACUCCAUCUCAGUUUAAGAAAACUAGUCAAUACGAGGGAGGUGAAGAUGAACAUGAAGAACAAACUGAGGAAAAUAAAGCUGCGGGAUCUAAUAAUGAUAACAACACUUCUCAAGCCACUGAAAAUCAUAGUAAAAAUAGCAAGGAGUUAGACCACCUCCGUAUGGGGGAAUCAAGCUCGUUUCUAAAUGAUAUGGAAGAAAUCAAAGAAGUGAACUCUGUUAGUUCAAAAUCAUGAACACUUAUAAGUAUUGGGUCAUCCUCCUUUACCAUCAAGGACAACAGUAAAACUGUUGCCUUAGAAUGUCUCGAGAGGAUUAAGAACAUCAACAUGGAGCUAAAAUCCAAGCUAAAAAGAGGUAAAGACAUAGCAAAUUCUUUCCUUGACUUGAUCAAAGAGGUUCGGAACCAAACUGAUAGGGUCUGAAAUGGCACAGAUAACUCUCAACUCCUCAAAAGCAACAAAUUCAAGGUGUACGAAUUUUGUUACGAUAAUAUGGAAAGCGCCUUCAAAAACUACAAAUAAAGUUAUGAAAAUGGGGCACUCAUUACUCUCCAAUCAACAAAGUUUGGAGAAGAUGAAGUACUCCAUCCAACUAUAUCAAGAGAUCAUGGAUUACGAUGUGCUGCUGAACAAGGAAGAAGAGGAAAUCUCCCAGGAUUAUAACCAACCAGAAGACAGCCUGUUCUUCAAAAAAUACACAAAUGAGACCAGCGAGAGAAAUGAUCAAGAAGAGAAAGAAGAAUCAGAAGAAAAGGAAGAACCCGAAGAGAAAGAAGAACCCGAAGAGAAAGAAGAACAUAAAGAAAUUUUGGUGCUUCAAGAUUUUGAAAGUUCUUUCGAGUCAAACAGUGAUAUCGGAAUCAACCCAGAAUUUAUGUAACUUAUUUUAAUCUUUCCAGAUUAAUUUCAAUUC